GUCUCCGUUAUCCGUUCGCUUUUUCAGCAUCGGUACACAACUAUACUUCUAUGUAUAAUAUUAUGUACUCGCGGAUGGGAACGCGCAGCACGUUACAGCUUCUUCCUCGCUAACCAGAAUUCCUUAUUACGCAGGAAGCUGGUGACUGACUUUCUUCUGGUGUUGAUUUGCACCACUUCACCUGGACUUCCGGUGAUCAGGCGUUGUUAGUGCUGCGCUUUCUGAGAAGAGUGUUUGUAGUGAUUAUGUAAUAUGACGCUGCUGGUGUCGAAGGAGCGGUUGUGGACGCCAGCACCUAAUCUCCCUAAUUACUUCCGUCGGUUGGGAAGAAGACGGGAUUGAUCCCGGGCUUCCUGCCGUGUCUUUAAUCUUCUUGGCAGUUUUCAUAUAAUGGAAGCUAUAUUCAGCCUGCCGGAGAUCAGAGGUUGACUUUGACCCUUGGCCGGACAGUGGAUUGAGAGGAAACGGGGGUUUGCAGCGGCGUGGAUUGAUUGCAAGUGGUGGGGUGAGGCCAUUAACAGAAGUAGAGGGUGUGGACUCUGUGGAGGAUCGAUGGGGCGCAUCAAGAACCUGGAGAUCAUCCUGCUGGGCGACCGCAGCGUCUUCCAGCGCGGCGAGACGGUGCGCGGCAAGCUCAUCAUCGAGGUGGAGAAGCUCCUCAAGAUCCGCUACAUCCGCAUCCUCAUCCGCGGCGUGGCGCGCGUCCACUGGACAGAAUCGCGGAACAACGGCGCGCGGCUGGGCGGCUACGGGAUGCUGUACACGGAGCACUUCACGGCGGAAGUGGAGUACGUCAACAAGAAGCUCCUCCUGCUGGGCAGCGAGAACGGGGAGUCGCGCGAGACCCUGGCCGAGGGAAGGCACGAGUACCGCUUCACCUUCGCCCUCCCCAACAGCGCCAUCGCCACGUCCUUCGAGGGCAAGUACGGCAGCAUCCGCUACUGGCUGAAGGCCGAGCUGGGCAAGCCCUGGGCCUUCGCCUACAAGACCAAGAAGCCCUUCACCGUCAUCAGCCCCAUCGACAUCAACCGCACCGAGUUCGGGACGCCCUCCGAGGCGGCGCUGGAGAAGAUGAUCUGCUGUCUGUGGUGCGUGUCCGCGCCCGUCCAGGCCGAGAUCCGCACCGACCGCCGCGGCUACUGCCCCGGGGAGUCCAUCGCCAUCAGCGCCCUCUUCACCAACGGCACGCGGCGCAACAUCACGCCGCACGCCACCCUCUACCAGAUCCAGUCCUUCACGGCCAACGGCAAGUCCCGCUCGCGCGCCAUCAAGCUGACCACCGUCUCGGGCGUCAGCAUCCCCGCCGGCGAGACCGGUUACUGGGACGCCCAGCUCCUCAAGGUCCCCGCCGUCUCGCCCUCCAUCCUCAACUGCCAGCUCAUCAAGGUCGACUACCAAGUCAAGAUCACGCUGCAAGUGCCGGGCGCCUGCAACAUCUACGCCGACCUCCCGGUGGUCAUCGGCACCGUGCCCUGUCGGCGCCGCCGUCCGCCGCUGCCCAGUCUGUCGGUGGUGAUGCCCGGCGCCACCUCCGACACGCUGCAUCUGCGCCCGCCCGGGCCGCCGGCCUACCUGGAGAUGGAGGAGGAGCUGCCUUACGAAGCGCCGCCGACGUACGCCGAGUGCAUCGGCGGCCCGGUCAACAUCCUGGACGACGAGGACGACGAGGCGCAGAUGUUCGGCUGCACCUCCUUCACGCCCAUGUACACCUACGUCUACGACCAUCCCACCGGCUACGCCCCGCCGCCGCCCUACUCCACCUCGGCGGUGGACGCCACGGCCGUCGAGGUCGCCGUCCGCCCGGCGCCGGAGGACGGCGCCGCGAGCGGCGACUGCCAGGACGACCCCGGCGGAGAGGUGCACCGGCGCAGCGUGUUCAGCCAGUCGGCACGCGGCAGCCGCACCGGCAGCCGGCACUCGACGCGCUCGACCCGCUCGACGCCGGCCACGCGCCGCCAUAAGACGGAGGAGGACGGGGAGACCCGGGCGCCGUUGCAGGACAACGAGGAGCUGGCGGAGAUGAUGAUGAUGGCCGCCGGGCGCAGUCAGCUGCUGGUCCACGGGCUGCCCUUCCCGGCCAGUGACAGCGAGGAAGAACAGGACGCGGAGAAGGACCGCGCCCCGGACGAGGAGGGAGAGGGAAUCCCGGCACACACUUCCGCGGAUGCCCCGGCGUCACCGCCGGCAACCGGGCCGCCGCUGACCCGCAGUAUCCGUCUGCCCUCUGCGGGGCGGCGGCCACUUCCCUAGUCGAUUAUUUUGGCGAGGAGCGUGAACGGCGCUUCUCCUGCCGUUUGUCUCAACAUCCGCUUCGCUUUUAAAAUGUGGCGCCGCUGGCCAGGAGCCGGCGGUCGCCUGCACCGAUGAGCACAAACUGCCGUUUCUGCACCUAUUUGCCGGUAUUCUUGCCACUGCAUGCUAUGACUGUAAUACUCGUUCUGAACUGCCAGCGGAUCUCCUGUGCUUUUCUCUCUGGCUUGCUAAUAGAAUUUCUGAUUAUGGUGUUUCUUAAUAAAACAA